AUGGCGGGUGGGAAUGAGGAUGGUGGGGCUGGGAGCGGGCAGCAGCAGGUGCAGAGGACCGUGAGUCCAACGCAGAGCCUAGGUGCGAGGUCCGUAUCGCCGGCGAAGAGAAGUGCAGCGGAUAUGGAUGGCGAUGAUAUGGCACAGGACGAGGGCCAGGUCGUACCUGGUAGCUUUGAGAAGACGGAGAGCGACGGGCUUACGGACUACGAUCACGUGCUGGCGGGAAUGCAGUCGAAGGAUACCAAUAUGGACAUCACUCAGGACAGCGCUGUCACCUCGAUCGAGAACACACAGACUGCCAACAGCUCAGCAACGAGUCUGUCUGACAGUCUUCCCCCGUACACAGAGACAGAAAAGCCCGCCAUCAGCAAGUCGACACCUCACUACACAACGGAAGAAAUUGACGUUCAGCUUUCGAAGGUCAUGAAAGCUAUGAGCAACCCGCUGGAUAUUGGGGACAAAGGCAUAGUAGUAUCGAAAGCAUGGCUGGAGAGAGUGUUGUCCCGGACCUCUGACGGUCUGAAGAGCAGCGACUUUCCCAAGGAGGCUCGAGAAGGCCCAAUAGGACCUAUAGACAACUCCAGCAUUGUGGUCGAAGAUGGGUUCAGCUCAUCGCUCAGCGACGGUCGAAUGAGUACCUUCAUCCCACUCAAGCCUGGUCUCCAGAUAGACGAGGACAUCUCACUCAUCCCAAACUCAGUCUGGGGUGUUGUGGCCAGUAACUACGGGUUGGCGAAGGACCAGCAUCAGAUCAAUCGCUAUGCUAUCAACACAGCGCCUGAUGAUGCGACACAACAAAACAUCGCCUAUGAUUUGUAUCCACUCGUCAUCACGCUUCGCAAAGUCCCACAACUGAGAGACACCGAGCGACCCAUCACCCCGAAGACGUCAGUGGAAAGUCUACGCUGGAGGAAGGAGCAGCGAACGUUGGGACAGCUGUCUCCGGAUGAUGCAAUCAAGCUUGUUGCGUCAAGAUCCGAGCGUUUCCAGAACUUCCUCAAGCGCAGUAAAGAGGCCGCUGCUGUUCCGCGCACGACCAAGGUCAAGAUAUGGCGAUUACUGAAUCCACAGAACGUGUCUGUCGACCAGCCGAGUGAUGCGCAGAGGAACGUACUCUCGCCACCACCCUCCAGAGCUAGCUCGCCUGCUAAAGCAGCCAAGACUUCCGAUAGCAAGCUCAUUCUAUCAACAUCUGAAUUCAAGGCCAUGGAGAUUGGCAAGCACCUCGAACCAGUUGACACAAAAGACAUGAGCCACGACGACAACUACAAUGGCAGGAGCACACUCCAACUUCUUGGCAUAUUCGAGGACCAGACACUAGUGUUGGAGGAAAUGAUCGGUGGUCCUGCCGGUGGCGAGUUCCUGUCCGACAACCAGAAGCGCAGUGGCAAGCCUCCCACUUUAACCAUCAAAAACAGCGCUUCCAAACCUAGCUCGACCACAAACUCGGGCCGCACUAGUCCUGCGCCUGGGGGUAUGCUUACCCGUGGUCGUGCUCGACGGGAUGGUCGUGUGCGCGGUUGUGUCGGGCUUACCAAUCUCGGCAACACCUGCUACAUGAAUUCCGCCCUGCAAUGCAUUCGGAGCGUUGAAGAGUUGGCGAUCUACUUCCUGGUAAGCACGUACAAAAAGGAAAUUAACGUCAACAACCCCCUCGGCCACGGUGGCGUCAUGGCGAAGCAAUAUGCUGGUGUACUGAAUGGUAUAUACGGCGACAACUCUGGCGGGUCCUUCACACCUCGCGAGUUCAAGACCACACUGGGCAGACUUCAGCCGAUGUUCUCGGGCUACGGUCAGCAGGAUUCCCAAGAAUUUUUAAGCUUUCUGGUUGAUGCUCUGCAUGAAGAUUUGAACCGCAUCGAGAAGAAGCCAUAUAUUGAGAAUCCAGACUCUGACGACGCUCGUGUGCGCGACAAGUACUACAUUGCAGAGCUUGGCGAGACAUAUCGAUCGAACCACAAGAAACGCAAUGAGUCUAUCUGCAUGGAUCUCUUCAGUGGCUUUUACAAGAACACGAUGGAGUGCCCUGUCUGCGACAAAGUCAGCGUGACAUUCGACCCCUACUCGCUGCUCACCGUUCAGAUCCCGUUCGAGAAUACCUUCACGCAUCCUUUCACAUUCGUGCCACAGCAUGGUCCACCAGUCAACCACGCCAUUGACAUGGACAAGAAUGCGACGAUCAAGAUGGUCAAGCAGAACGUGGCCAGCAAGCAUCCAGGUGUCUCGGAAGAUCGGCUUUGGAUGAUCGAGGUCUACAGCCAUAAGAUCUACAAAGUGUUCCAUGACGACAGCAGAACAUUGUCGGAUGAGGGCAUUGGCACUUCGGAUCAUAUCUUCGUGUUUGAGCUCGAUGCCGUGCCGACCAAUCUCCCAGAGGUUGAUAAGAAAGAAAAGUUCACGCCGUAUUCCUCCUGGAACUCUUCGAAGAAGGAAGAUAUCCCUGGCAUGGAUUCAGAGAAGGCUGCGUGUCUCGCUGUGCCUGUCUUCCCACGUCAGAAGAAUCGCAUGGGCAAUGGAUGGGACAUCAGCAUGCACCCUCUCUACAUUACAGUGACACGCGAAGAAGCACAGGACUUCGAGAUCAUACUCAAGAAAGUCCUUUUUGCUGUUUCCAACCAGACCAGUCGUGCAAUCUUGACUGAGGAUGAUGAUGCUAGCGACGAGGACGAGGAGCCUCAGACAAACGGACAUGUGGAUCAGUCAACUGCAGAAGACGGCGCGCAGGUUAGUGACUGCUCAAUGCCUUCCGAAGAUGGUUAUGUCGAAGUCUCAGUCAGCAAAGCGGGAGAUGAUGGGACGAGCGAAAGCAUGCAGGAUGUGGUGACCGAGCCUGCUGCCAAAGUCAAUCCCAUACCGAAGCACUUCAUGGAGCCACAGUACACGCUACCUCAAUCUCUAAGGAACGGCAUGUUCGCUCUCAAUUAUGCCUCGAGUUCUGACGGCAUGCUUUGCGCUAGUAUGUCAAGCAUUGUCGAACGGACCGUGUGUAAUAUGUACGAUCGAGUCAAGAAGCCCGUCCGUCGACCCUCAACGACCUCAAUUUCCGAGAGCUCUACCACAAGCGCGGCAACAGGCCAGGCUGACGAAGAUGACGAGGAGAGCGAUGCUGACGACGAUGAGGAGGACAAGCCUGAUCUCGUGAUUGGUGGUGAGGACGCUAUGUCUGCCCCGACGCCAAUGAGCGAGACUCAGGAUAGCAACGACGAAGACCUACCUCCACCCGAGAAGUUUAUUAAGAGGCGCGGCGGCAAAUGCAAGAAGGGUAAGAACAAGCGUAAUCGGAAACAGAAGGGAUACAGUCGGAAGGACAGACAGGCCAAUCGCAACAAUCGUCAAAACACUGGUGCGCAAAACGGACGACUCACCAAUGGUAAUACUACCUAUGAUGAAGACAAUCCGUUCUACAUCAAGCUCGGUGAAGCCAUCGUCCUCGACUGGUACCCUGAAGCCCUAGAUGGCGUCUUCGGCGGCAAAGCUGAUGACGAGAACGAGCUACGAGGCCACUGGCUGUCGACCCCCACUGGCAAGGACCUCCCCUUCAUCUCCGACCCCGUCCUCGAAGCGAAGAAGCAGACGCGUGCAGCUCGUCGUAAGCACGGCGUCACGCUCGAAGACUGCUUUCAAGAAACCGGCAAGCGCGAGAUCCUAUCCGCAGACAAUGCAUGGUACUGCAAUCGCUGCAAAGAGAUGCGGCAAGCGGCUAAGACGCUCGAGAUCUGGACUGCGCCUGAUAUACUGAUCGUGCACAUGAAGAGGUUUGGUGGUGGCCGUAUCUCUCGCGACAAGAUCGAUGUCCUUGUUGAUUAUCCUGUUGGAGGUCUCGAUCUCACGAAGAAGAUUGGGAGCAAGGAGGAUGGGAAGGAGUAUAUCUACGAUCUUUUUGCGGUGGAUAACCACUUUGGUGGCUUGGGUGGCGGGCAUUAUACUGCAUUGGCCAAGAACUUUAAUGACGGCCAGUGGUAUGAUUACAACGACUCCACAUGCUCUAAAGUCAGCGAGUCCCGCAUCCACUCCGCAGCCGCCUACCUCCUUUUCUACCGUCGCCGCUCCGACAAGCCUCUCGGUCCUCAAUACCUCCAGGAACUCGUCAAUGAUUUCCGAAAUCCUCCUGAGAUUGGAGAUGCUACCGAAGCAGACGAUGAGGAGUCGGGGGAAGGCAAGCUCGGCGGCCUAACACCCUCACUGCAUGGGUCGUCGAGCGCUUUAGUCGUAGCAGGAGCCGACAAAACCACGAGCGGGAAGGGUCUCAACACAGCCGGAAGUGGUUCUCGUGGAGUCGGCAGCAGUCUGAUGACGAGGAUGUCGAAUGAGGGGUCUGAGGAGUCGGAGAGUUCGUUGGGUAUGCUCGAUGGCAAGCCGUUGUCGGGACCGCAGAGGCCGCCACAUUUACAGUAUGGCUCACAGGGUAAUAAUUGGAGCUUCGACGCCAUUGGCUCGGAAUCCGCACAGCCUGCGACUGAGGCUGACGACUCUGCGACAGGUAAUUUGUUGGACCUUGUACAAGACGGCGACGAGUUCGAGGCCGAGGACAACGAUAGUACGGAUGCGCUCGGCGAUCGAUCGGACGAUGAUGAUAACGAAGGUGGUUUCUUCCGCGAAGGUGUACAACGUUAUGGUACACCCCUUGGUAGUGAGAUGGAGUUCGGGGAUGCCCAUGAGGAUGAUCACUCGGCAUACAUGGACGCUCGCGGGUAUUCGCAUGAAUAUGAUGGUGGCGAUAUUGAGAUGCAGCACAUGGAUGAUGUGGAAGAUACACCGCUGCUUUCUGAAGAUAAGUCGGGCGUAGCUGUUGAGAUCAUUCUCGAUGACGAUGUUGAGGCUAUGGAGAAUGCGGAUGGGCAUGUCAAGAUGGCUUAG